AUGAGGCCGGCGAGGAGAGUGAGGAUGACGUUUGUCCAGGAGUGGACGAACUUGGCUGCUGUGAGGGCCAUGAGCGCAGCCGUGGCUAUGAUGCUUCCGAUGAUAAGGAUGGCGCUCAUUUUGGUUUGGGCGUUGACUUAUUCGGAGUAG